AUGGUGCUAGCUGCAGCGGAGUCCAUGGAGCAAUAUGCCUACCUGCCUGCGCGGCAGGCGGCUGAUGCUCUGGACAGAGCUUACGCUCACUGUGAUGAUGUUCGUGCUGCCCGCAAGGCCAGUGGCACCACGAUUUGGACGCGCAAAGCCGGUGCUCGACCUGAUACGUGCCGAGGUGGUCUGACCUUAUCAUUGGAUUUGGAACGCACGUUUGAUUCAGUACCAUGGGCCACCCUGGAAGAGUGCCUCGUUGAGUUCGGUGUACCCGCUGACCUUAUAUCCUUGAUACUUUUCCUUCAUGAGCAUGCAAGAUACACUUUUACACUUAGCGGGGAAACUGUGAGUGUUGAGCCUCAGCAGGGUACCCGUCAGGGUUGUGGUAUGUCUCCGACAAUCUGGACGCUUUUCUCUCUCCACCUGGCGAAGAAACUGCAGCUCGUGGCACCGAGCUCACUCAGGACUUACUUCGCAGAUGAUCUUCUGCUGCAGUGGGAGUUCUUAGGUGAGUUAGCUUUUCGUUGCAUUCCCCAGGAAAUUGCUGCUGUUCUCACCUUACUCAGGCGUGAGGGCAUGUGCAUCAGUGUCAACAAAACUGUCAUCCUCCGAUCGUGGUGGGGCAGCCGCGUUCAUGAUGUCACCAGGCCCUUCCUGACAAAACUUCAGCACAAGCGCUACUUUCGUGUGGCCUUGGACUCGGGUGAGGAAAUUCGUCUGCCUCUGGUAGACUCCCACAAGUACCUCGGCAUGUUUCUCAGCUACAAAAACUACGAAGCCCUAAGCCUUAAGUACCGGGUGCAACAGUCGUGGGUCGCUUUCAACCGGCUCACCAAGGCCUUGAAAAACCGCUCUCUGCCAGUGCGUCUGCGUCUGCGCCUCUACAACAGCGUCUGCUUGGCUACUGCCACUUAUGGUCUUACCAGCAUAGGGCUCAGUGCUGAGGGUCAAGCCAAAUUUCGAGCCACUGUUAUACGGCAGCUCCGCAUGGUUGUGGGUGACCACUCCCACGUCACAGGCCACACCAACGUCGAAGUCUUAGGUAAGUAUGGUAUUGAUGACCCAAUGCUGCAGGUUGAUGAGCGCACUCGUCAGCGCGUUGACAAGGCCCGAACAAACCAGUUUCUUCCGUACUCUGAUGCUGUUGCCAGACGCUGGUCCCGCCUAGUGGACGCUCCUCUCACACCUGAGCUGGAGCAGCCACCGAUGGUCCUACGCCACACUGAGCAAGCACCAGUCACUUGUGAGAUUUGCCAUGUUGCGGAACUUGUGCAUCGCAAAGGGCGUGCUCACUACUGCCCGAUCUGCGGUAUCUGGGUCACCCAGACGCUGUCGGAGCUGGAGGUGGGUCGCAAGGACAUGGACCAGUGGAACGAGUUGAUGGAGGGCCUUCCCAAGUCCUUCACGGAGUCAGCUCAGAAGCGAGAGCGAGACGAGCCCAGGGAGGAGGAGGAGCCCAGUCGAGCAACCAGGGCACCGAAGACCAACAAAGGAGACAAAGGGGGAAAAGGAAGGGGCAAUCAGCCCAAAGUGAAUCGCGACACCAACGAGAAGACCGAGAAGACCGAGGAGACGACCACCACCCCCAAGGAUCUGAAGAGCAUAGUCCGGAUGCUGACCACAGUGGUCAUCCGCCAGGAGGAUCAACUGCAGCUCUUUCGGCAGGACAGUGCAUACAUCCUCUUCAUGGAGACCUCCGCUCCCCUGGCCAUCCUACCUCAGCUGUACGCUCUCGGUCAGACUUGGAGCGAGAAGAAAGCGAAGGACCCUGCCUCUCCGGGGCUGCCCUUGAGAGUCGUGCUUCUGGGAUGCCUACUCAAGCAGAUCGAGCUACGCAUCGAGAAGCUGGGCACGGACGAGGAGCUUCGCAAAGUGGCCAAGGAAAGCAAGCUCCUCUCGGAGGCCGAUUGCUUCAACUACUUGGAGUACGACGCCAAGGCGAAGAGCUACCAAGUCAAGGAGGGGAGGCUCGCCAUUCCCAGAAAGGAUGCGCUCCAGCUGGUACGGGAGCUUCAGGAGUUCAUCCUGAUCCCCAGAGUGGUUCACCGCUUCCACGCCUCCCGAAAGCACACGGCCGAAGUGUUACAUUCUUUGAACACUUGCAGAAGAUAUGGCUUUAUCGUUUGA